AUGUGGAGAUUAGUUAUACUUCUAACAAUAGUGUUGUCCGUUGAUUGUGUUGUGAUAGGUCGAAUUCAAGACGCACAGCUGAUCGGAGAUGAUAAUGAAGUAUGGUUCAAUCAAACACGCGAGCAAUGUAUUUGCGAAAUGGUGAAAUCCAAUGGAUUGAUUCUAGCACUUAAUUACUUCGUCACCAAUCAAACAUGCCAAUUCUUUUCCUUGAAUGCGACUAACAUUCGUCUUGAAUUCUUUAUGAACUGUCUAGUAAUCUAUGUAAAUCAAUCAACUUUAUUGAAUAUGUUCCAAUCAACAACUUCGACGCUACCAUUUACUACAACAACUCAAACAGAAUGGAUAAGAACGGGAGAUAUGACAGUUCCACGAAGCUCCCAUUCAGCAUCCGUUCUAUCGAACGGACAAGUGCUAGUCGCUGGUGGUACCAGUCACGGUGUUUACCUUAGUAAUGCUGAACUGUAUGAUCCGUCAACAGGAUUGUGGACUCCUACAGGUAGUAUGAAUGUUGCACGUUCGGUUCAUAGAACUGUCGUGUUAUCAAAUGGAAAUGUACUAGCUACCGGCGGAUAUACGGGCACAAAUUGUCUCAGCAGUGCUGAAUUAUAUGAUGCUUCGACUGGAACAUGGACAUACACAGGCAAUAUGAAUGUUGCACGACAUGGUCAUGGUAUAACUUUAUUGCUCAAUGGAAAAGUUUUCGUUUUUGGUGGGUUUACAGGUAGUGUGUAUACCAAUACUGCGGAAUUAUAUGAUCCCGCCAGUGGGAUAUGGACUAACACAGGAAGUAUGAGCGUCGCACGUUAUUUUCCUCCAGCAUCUAUAUUUUCCAAUGGAAAAGUAUUAGUUAGUGGUGGAUAUACAGGCAGCAUUUAUACUAACACAGCUGAAUUGUAUAACCCUACAACUGGAACAUGGACAAGCACGGGAAGUAUGAAUUUUGCACGGUAUGGUCAUACAUUAUCGAUGUCAUCGAAUGAAACAGUGUUAGUUGUCGGUGGAAUCGACAACAGUGGUUAUUAUGAAAGUACAGCAGAACUAUAUAGUUCUUCAACAGGCAUUUGGAUAGUAACUGGAAGUAUGAGUAUUACUCGAUUUGGUCAUAAGGCGUUAGAAUUGACUAAUGGGAAAGUGAUAGUUAUCGGUGGUAGAAAUAAUAUCUAUUCAGCUCUAAACAGUGCAGAAGUAUACAGUCCAUCGACUAGUAAUUGGAAAACGAUUGAAAAUUUGACUGUUGCACGCAUGUAUCACUCAGCAUGUUUAUUAUCUAAUGGAAUUAUACAUGUUAGUGGCGGACAACUUAAUGGAGACUAUACUAAUACUGUUGAAGUUCACUAUUAA